AUGGAAACUGUUAAUAAAAAUGAAACAAAGAAACCUGAUUCCCGUAUUUUUAGGGUAUUUAUAUCUGGUUACGUUAUAACCUUAUUAAUCCUAAUGAUUCUAACAUCCUUUGUGUUUGAUAUAAUAGCUUUAGUUUUAUUUUUACCAAUAGUACUAUAUAGUAGAUCAUUUAGACUGUUUAUAUUUGGUGUUCCCUUUAAGUUUUUUAUGAGUUUGGUUUUUUCCCUGCUUAACCCAUUUUGGAAAAUUAAAAUAAUAAAAAAAUUAAAAAAAAAUUAUAAUCCAUCAAAUACGAUAUUGUUUUCUAAUCACUUAUCAUCACUAGACCCAUGGACCAUCAAUGCUUUCUGGUUUAAGUAUAAUAUGAAAUUCAUUUGUAAAGGAUCAUUAUUUAAGCUACCUAUUUGUGGCCAAAUAUUAACUUUAGCUCAAGAGAUCCCUAUUCAUUUUGGUAAAGGAAAAGGAGGAUGGGAAGUAAAAAAAGAAUCAAAAGAAAAUGCUAUGAAAUUAGCUAAAGAAUAUACUAACAUGAAUAUUCCUAUAGCAGUAUUUCCAGAAGGUACUCGUUCUCGUACUGGAAAAUUGCAAAUGUUUAAAAUGGGAUUUUUUAAAUUUGCACUUGAAAAUAAUAUGGAAAUAUUACCAUGCGCAUUGCAUGGAUCAAAUAAACUUUGGACGUUAAAUUCAUUAUUAUUAAAUAAGGGAACGGUGUAUGUUUCCUAUGGUGAGCCUUUUCGCCCUACCCCAGGAAUGACUGUUGAAGAGUUAGCAAAUAAAACCAGAAAUAUUAUAUUUGAUUUGAUUAAAGAAUUUCCAGAUUAUGAUCCAAAUGUUGACCAGUUAGCAACUGAAUUUUCACAAACACGAGAACAAGGUAUAUAA